AUGUCUCUUGCACUGUCUACAAUCGGCCCCAAAGCUGUAGACGACAUCUCGCAUGCGUAUAACGAACCGGACUGGCUGAGGAAGCACAGGAGAAACUCACUCUCGAUAUACGAGGAGCUUCCCAUGGAGACAUCCCCGCUGUACACAAAGUACACCGACGCCGGAAGGAUGGAUCCCCGGCAGGUCUCGAUAUCAGCAGACUCUGAUGGCAGCGUGCCUGAAUUUCUCAAAAAGAGGCUCGGGGAGCUGACAGGCGAGGCCUGCCUGGUCCAGAUGGGCACCGGCAUCAGCGCCUCGGUGCCCGAGGAGCUGCAGUCCCAGGGGCUUGUAAUCUCAUCCAUAGCAGACGCGCUCAAGAACAACGGUAGCCUGGUGAGGGAGGCGCUGGAGUCGUCAAACCCAAGGGAGGACAAGUUCACGGCGCUAAACAAUGCGGCCUUCAACUCGGGGUUCUUCAUUCACGUGCCACGGGGCCUGGUACUUGAGAGGCCAAUCCAUGUGGUGUCGUCGCUCUCCGUUGACGGCACAUCCACCAUAUCCCGAAACAUCAUAUCUGCCGACGAGGCGUCCCGUUCCACGAUAGUGCAGGAGAUCUACUCGCCGCACGCGCAAAAGCAGCAGGCGUAUCUCGAGCUGCUCAACGCAAGAGUGGCAGCGGGGGCACAAAUUGAUGCCACUACGCUCCAGGUCAUGGAUGCGGACUCGGUCAACUUUUCAACCCGCAGGACCGACGUCGGGCAUGACGGCAAGGUGAACUGGUACCUGGGCCUCUUUGGGGCAAUGCUGUCCAGAUACAGAAUCGACUACCACCUCAACGGGCCAGGGGCCGGCACCAGCGACUCGGAGGUCGUCUUUGGAAGCAGCAGCCAGUCAUUUGACAUACAGUCAAACAUCAACCACAACGCGCAUGACACCGAGGGCCGUGUGACCGAAAAGUCAAUCCUGAGGAACAGCUCAAAGUCGCUCUUCAAGGGAAUGAUCAGAAUAAUGGAGAAUGCCGCAAAAUCCAGAUCGUUCCUCUCGGGCCGUUCCAUACUGCUUGAUCCCGGCGCCAAGUCCGAGUCGAUACCCGGACUUGAAAUCUUCACCAACGAUGUCAAGGCCACCCACUCGGCAUCCGUUGCGCAGAUAGACGAGGAGCAGAUCUUCUACCUCCAGACUAGGUGCCUGAGCAAGCAGGAAGCGGAGAGGACCAUUGUGGAGGGGUUCCUGGAGCCCAUGUCCCGCAAGAUGUCCUACCAGGUCCGAGCAUGGAUCGCGUACCUCAUAGAGUCAAAGUGGGAGGGGAGGGAGCUCCGAAUCAACACAGACAAGGAGCUGACAAAAUUCGUCGAGGUGGAAGAGACGCGAUACAACGAGAAUGCAGAGAUUGAACAGCACUACAAGUACCGAUAG